GGGGAAGGGAUUGCCUAUAAAUACCGAGUAAUAUAUGGGGCUCGCCAUUCAUCUAUGAAUGCCCGAAUGCCAGUGAUGAGACACCGUCAAUCGUGUGCCCGGCUGUUUCCGGCCUUCCUGCUGGCCGUCCUGUACCCUCUUGCAGCUGGCCAGAACUACUGUGACCCGGAACUAUGCCCCAGCGGCAGACAUGUGGCCUGCCAGAACAGCGGCCGCUUUGUCAGCGGCUGCAGUGGCGAGUUCGUGCCCAUAGACCCCCACAUUCCGCUUAUCCUGCAGCUGCACAAUGAGCGCCGCAACCAGAUCGCCGGCGGGGGACUGAGCGGCUUCCCCAGCGCUGUCCACAUGGCCACCAUGAGCUGGGACCCAACCCUGGCCCAGCUGGCCGCCUACAAUGCCCUGCAGUGCCGCAUGGCCCACGACGAGUGUCGAAACACGAACACCUACCGCUACGCGGGACAGAACCUCAGCAUUCUCUUCACACGCAGCGGGGAUGUGGCCGACUUUCUGCGCCAGCGCAUUGCUGGGUGGUUCGAUGAGAACCGUUAUGCAACCAGCGGCGACAUGGAGAACUAUCAAAUGCGUGGAGGACCCGCCAUUGGGCACUUCACGACGAUGGUGAAUGAGCGCAACAGCCGCGUGGGCUGUGCCAUCGCCCGAUUCACGGACGCCAACAAUGUGCAGGCCACGCUGCUGGCCUGCGACUAUGCCGUGACGAAUGUCCUCAACAAUCCCGUCUACCGUGCUGGUGCACCAGCCUCCGAGUGCAACUCGGGCAGGAAUCCCACAUAUCCCAAUCUCUGUGCCGUCAACGAGAACUACAACUUUAACCAGUGGUCGGGCUAGCCAGUGCCUUGAUCGUGGCUGUUCGAUUAGUGAUUCGACUCCACAGAUGGGGAGCGGAGCAGCUUGAACCAGUUGAGUAGUAACGACGCGUUGAAAAUUGCAUCCCAAUGCUUAUUACAAGUAAAAAACUUACAGAAAUAUUAAAUAGAAAGUCUGGCAAAUAAACAUUUACAACCCAGAAAGCAGCUGGCAGCUGCUGCAGAACUUUGACAGAAGCUGCAAUAUUGAAUUGAGUGGAAACAGAUACCACACAAUAGAGCCAACCUUUAACUUUCACUCGAAUUUAUUUGAAUUUAUUGAAG